AUGGAGUCCGCGGAAAUCUACGAGCAGAAGAACGUGCACGAGGUCUACCAGCAGAUCGCAGAGCACUUCUCCUCUACUCGGUAUAAGCCAUGGCCCAUUGUGGAGCGAUUCCUCAAGGAGCUCCAACCCGGCUCCGUCGGUCUGGAUGUGGGCUGCGGCAAUGGCAAAUAUCUCACUGUCAACAAAGAUGUCUUUAUAGUGGCUUCAGAUAGAUCGGAGAAUCUCGCACGGAUUGCACUCCAGCACCAGCCCCAUUCAACCGUGGUGGCUGAUAUCAUGGACCUUCCACAUCGGGAUGCAUUCUUCGAUUUUGCAAUUUCGAUUGCUGUCGUGCACCAUAUUUCCACUCCGGCCCGGCGAGUCCAAGCCAUUGCUGAGAUCCUACGAACCGUAAGACGAGGUUCGGCCACAGAAUCAGGUGGUAAAAUGUUGAUAUAUGCCUGGGCUCUCGAGCAAAAGAACAGCCGUCGGGGCUGGGAUAAGGGCGACCCGCAAGACAUUAUGGUACCCUGGAUUCGCAAGGCCAAAUCAGCCGAUGAUGAGCCCCAAAUCUUCAACCGCUACUAUCAUCUGUAUGAAGAAGGGGAGCUGGAGCGCGAUAUUGACCAGGCCGGAGGCCAUGUUCUCGAGUCGGGAUACGAGAAAGACAAUUGGUGGGUGAUCGCGACGCCCAAGAUCUUGUCAUGA